UCAGAAUCCCAAUACAGAAGUACCUGUGUUACCCGAGGUAGCAAGCUGAAUUUGGAGGGCACAAGUGCUGCCUGGGGACACUGCAGUCUUGGGCACAGGGCUCUCAGGAGACAGAUCAAACCCUGAAUAAUUUGUGACACAGACUUCUUACUGGAUUUAUGACCAAAAUAUUUCCUUAACAUCACCAAGUGGGUUCCGAGGGUUCUCUAAACUGCUGAGAGGGACAUACAAAGUUUUCCUUUCUAUUCUGGACUAAGAAAGACACAAACCUGCAGCUUCUCUGACAAGUCAAAGAGUUUAUAAUAUUUGUCAAAAAUGUCUUUUGCUGAGCUUCUGGAGAGAACUGGUGGUAUGGGGAGGUUUCAGAUAACCCAGGUUGUCCUUUUGUGCUUUCCUAUACUACUGAUGGCCAGCCAUAACCUUCUACAGAACUUCAGUGCUGCUAUACCAGACCACAAAUGCAAAGCUAACGACACAGGGUACCAAAGCAACAGUACUGACGAAACGGGAUAUGAGAGAUUGUCAGCUCCACUGGAUGCCAACGGGCAGCCUGAUAGAUGCCUGGAGUAUGUUGAAAUUCAGUGGAGGAUGGUUGGCUCCAACAGCACUUGGAACAAUAGCUCAGAAUUAGCAACAAGACCCUGCACAAUAGGGUGGGAAUAUAGCAAAGAUGAAUUCAGUUCAACCAUUAUUACCGAGUGGGAUUUGGUAUGCGGACGCAAAACUAGAAGACAAUUGGCCCAGUCCAUUUAUAUGGGAGGAGUGCUGGUAGGCGCCAUUAUCCUAGGAGGCCUUUCAGACAGGUAUGGCAGAAGGGCACUGCUAAUAUGGUCUUACUUUCAACUGGCUGUUAGUGGAGUAUGUGCUGCAUUCUCUCCAAAUUACCUCUCUUACUGCAUUUUUCGUUUCCUCACUGGAAUGGCACUGUCUGGAAUCGGUCUGAACACAACUGCAUUAAUUGUGGAAUGGGUUCCAACCAGGGUUCGCACUGUUACUGGGACCCUUGCAGGAUUUUCUUACACGGCUGGGCAGCUUCUAUUGGCUGGGCUGGCAUAUGGUAUGCGAGACUGGCGCUGGCUUCAGCUUUGUGUGUCCUUACCGUUUUUUAUCUACUUCUUGUAUGCUUGGUGGUUUCCCGAAUCUGCUCGCUGGCUUGUUCUGUCUGGUAAACCUGAAAAAGCCGUUAAAGAGAUAAGGAAAGUAGCCAACCUUAAUGGAAAGAAAGAAGAAGGGGAGAAGAUCACGCUGGAGUCACUAAAAUCAGAAAUGAUAAAAGAAUUAGCAAGUGCAAAAUCCAGCUACUCGGUUAUAGAUUUGGUUCGAACCAACACCAUACGGAGAAUUUCUUGUGCUCUGAGCCUUGUGUGGUUCUCAACCAGUUUUGCCUAUUAUGGACUUGCCAUGGACUUGCAAAAGUUUAAUGUCAGUAUCUACCUAAUCCAAGUCAUCUUUGGAGCCGUGGACUUCCCAGCCAAAUUGGUUUCUGCCACAGCCAUGAUUUAUGUGGGUCGGAAAUUCACACAGUUUAUGUCACUGAUUCUUGGAGGGAUUGCUAUCAUAGCCAACAUCUUUGUUCCAAAUGAGCUGCAGACUGUGAGAACUAGCCUGGCAGUGUUUGGAAAGGGUUGUCUCGCUGCAUCAUUCAGCUGUAUCUUUCUCUAUACAACAGAGCUUUACCCAACCGUUAUAAGACAGAGUGGUCUGGGCAUGUGCAGCACCAUGGCACGUAUUGGGGGCAUUGUGGCUCCUCUGGUGAAAAUCUUGGGUGAACUUUAUCCUUUUGUGCCGCUGUUGAUAUAUGGAGGUGCCCCCAUCAUAUCUGGCCUCUGUGUUUUCUUCUUGCCAGAGACUGUUAAUAAACCCCUGCCAGACACCAUAGAAGAAGUGGAGAAAGGCAUAAAUGCACCGAAAAAAGAGAUUGAGAAGAAUGAAAUGGACUCUCUAAAGAGAGGAAUGAAGGAGAACCCAGUGAAUGAGGUGUUGUGACCCUGUGCAACAUGUCAGGCCAAGCUCAACAAGGCAAACACUGAAAUAGACUUCUUUGCUCUGGCUCUAAAGUUGAGAAUUGACUCUUAAGUUGGGAAUUUGGAACGAACACUAGACAACCGGGAUCAUCAAUACCUUAGCAGCUAAUGGCAAGAGCUCUUAUUCAGUAACAGUUGGUGUUUGAGAGUGGAAGGAUAUAAUUUAACUUAAACAUGUUAGAAAUAUGUCAGUGUGUUUGAUGCGAGUGUAAGGUGUGACCUGUAUGAAUCUGUAUAAUAUAACACAGUGAGCAGUUUAUGACCAUCUACUUUGUUCUUUGGUGAUAGAAAGGGAACAUGUUCUGGUCUCAUCUCGCCAGAAGGAAUCCUGCCACUAAUAACAACUUUCAAUUUGUGUGUGCUUAUGGCAAUCAUGCUCUAAUCAUAGACAUGUACUUGAUCAUAGCCAUGAGCUUAUAUGAAGGCCGUGGUCUUAUGAAGUCAGUAUAUUAAGUUAAAUAGUUAUACCUAACUAAAUGUUACCGAGCCCCACAAACUGACCUACUCAUCAUCAGCACUUAUUAAUAUAGCACUGGCAAGUUAUGCAGCACUUGAGUUAUAAUGAAUAGGCAUCUUACAAUAAUUAACCAAACAAGGGUUAUAAAGUAAAGAUAGUUUUAGAAGACCCUACUCGCAAGAGCUUACAAUCUUAAGGGAUAGGGUACAUCUGAAACACAAGGAACAUGAAAACAAUUAAGCUUCCCUAAGCAGGUGGGUCUCUAGGGAGCAUUUAAAAACUUGGAAA